AACCUGGUAUGACCCACGUGAAGAAUAAAAGCUCAGUACAGUAUAAGAUCAUCAGGCUAAUUGGAGAAGGAUCUUUCGGAAAAGCUUAUUUGGUGGAGGUCGUUGGAGAUGGCUCCAAAUGAGUAAUUAAGGAAAUGAGUAUCGAGAAGAUGUCUAAACAGGAGAAAAGGGAGACGCUUCAAGAAGCCAAGCUCCUUGAAGCACUCGAUCAUCCUAAUAUUGUCAAAUUCAGGGAAGUUUACAAGACUAAGAAAGGAAAACUUCAUAUCGUCAUGGACUAUGCAGAUGGAGGAGAUCUUGGAGGUAGAAUUAAAGGUCAACGAGGGAGACAUUUUAGUGAAGAUCAAGUCCUGGAUUGGUUCACACAAAUCUGCCUUGGAAUGAAGCAUAUUCAUGAUCGGAAGAUUCUUCAUAGAGAUAUUAAAGCUCAGAAUAUCUUUUUGACAAAGAGUGGCAUGGUUAAGAUUGGAGAUCUUGGUAUCGCAAGGGUUCUGAGUAGAACAAAUGAAUGAGUUAAGACUAUGGUCGGAACUCCUUAUUAUUUAUCUCCAGAAAUCGUCCAAAACAAACCUUACAACUUCAAGUCAGAUGUAUGGGCAAUGGGAGUGUUGCUUUAUGAACUUUGCGCUCUUAAGCCCCCUUUCGAUGGCACAUCUCUGCAAAUGUUGGGUAUGCGUAUUACUAGAGGAAACUACACUAACUUGCCAAAGAUUUUCAGCUCCAGUCUACAAAGUUUAGUAAAGAAAAUGUUAAACAUCAGCACAUAUAAAAGACCAUCAGUGUAUCAAAUUCUUAAGGAGGACAUUAUCCAAGACAGAAUUCAGACUUUUCUAUCAAAAUCUAUACUAAAAGAUGAAUUCUCUCACACAAUUUUCCAUAAACAACAGAUUUUUGCCAAAGAUGGGAAGAUAAACAAGCUUGAAGCUAAUGGUGAUGGCAAAAAUAUGCUGCCAAUUGAGCCCAAAAAGGAAGACAAAAAGAUAGCUGCACCUAUCAAGAACUUCACUCCACAAAUAGAGAAACCACAGAUUUCUUCGGGUUACAACAACAAUAGGCCCGCUAGCUCAGUUAGCACCCCGGCCAACAACUACCACUACAAUAACAAGAAUAAAGGUGGCUACCAGGUGGGUUACAACAAACCGAAUUACGACGCUCCAAAGCCCAGGCCAAAAUACACGCCUCCCCAGAUCUCAGCUGAAGAGAAGCGUCGGCGAGAACAAAAAGAGAGAGAGCGUGAAGAACAAAGAAGGCUUGCUCAAGAACGUGACCGCAAAGAGAAGGAAGCCCAGAAGCAACUUGAGAAACAAAGGUUAGCCCAAUGGAGAAAAGAUUACGAAGAGAAGCAGAAGAGGGAUUAUCUUAAGAAGCAGAAGGAAGAAGCUGAACGACAGAAGGAAAUUAUGAGGGUUAAAGAGUAUAAUAUGAAGGUUGCAGCUGAGAGGAAGAAGGUAGAGCAGAAACAGAGGAGUAAUAUGUAUCACCAAGCAAGAUUAGAGGCUGAAUUGAAUAAGAAAAGGCAUCUUGAGCAGGAGAGAAAGGCAGCUAAUCAGAUAUUUGGGUAUUAUGAUGAGGAUCAGCCGAAGAGUAGUAAUAGACCAAGUACUAGUGGGCAUAAGAGGCAGGAUAAAGCUGGAGACCUGAGUAAUAACAAGAAAAAUAUCCAAUAUCAAAAGAAGGCUUAUAAUAGAGAACCAAUGAGAAGUGAUCGGCCAGCAUCUGGCAUGGUUUCAAAGCAUCCUGGAUCACAAGUUCCAAGUAGUUAUUAUGAUCCUCCCCCAAAGGCCGAAAAACCUUCUAGUAAAGGUCCUUCAUUAGAAGAUUUCUUUCCAGCAAAGAAGCCUCUUGACAAAAUCAGAAAGCCUGAUUACAAGCCUGAGUUGAAAAAGCCACCAAAGACUACUCCAGUUCAAUCAAGAGUGCCACCUACUGUUGACCAUACUCCAAAGCCUAAACCACAACAACAAGAGGUUGCUCAGGAGACAAUUCCAUAUAAUAUGAAAAACACUAAUCAGAAGAUCAAUGCUUUGGAUCAACUAAACGACUUGAUCGGGGAUAUUACAGAUAUGACUAUAAUGAAGGAAGAUAAUCAUCCUAAAGAGGAGCCUGCUUAUAAUCCCCCUUCCUACAAACCUCCAGCUCAGGAAGAUUUUGAAAAAUACAAGCAAGAGAGUAAAGGAACAGGCAUUGUAAUGUCUUUCUACGAAGAUGAGAAACCAAAGAAAAAGCCAAUGCUUUCAUCUAUGAAAAAGAAGAAAAGACCUCAAUGGAAGAGCAACCAGAGCGUUCUCGAGCCCAAGACUAACAUCACAGCUUUUGAUGAUGCUCCAUCUGAAGAUCUAGGUAUUCAUAGAGUUGACUCGAUGAAGACUAGGGAUGAAAUUUUAGAUUCCCAACGAAAAAUUCGGAAUGAGCUUAAGAAGAAAAAUAAGAAAAAGAAGAAGAGCAAACAAUUUGAGUGCGUCUUCGUUGGGGAUCAGGCUGGUGUAUCAGAUUAUACUCCUCCACAAGUCGAAGAAAGAAAGGUCGAUAUUCCAAAGCCAGAGCCUCCUAAAAUUAUCUCCACUGUUGAGAAGAUAAAAGCAGAGGCUCCUCAACCAAAACCUAAGAGAGUUAAGAAGCAAUGGAAAAGACAGGAAAAAGUUACACCGAAAGCUGUUGAAGACAGAUCUCAAGAGCGCAAGCAAUGGAAUAAGCCUUCUGAAGUUCCUAAUAUUGAUGCUGAGGAAGAAGAGUUCGAGGUUGUCCAUGUGAAGCAGAACUCAGAAGAGUCGGUGAUUCCUCCAAAGAUAGCAGAAAUAGUACCUCAGAAUUCCGUUGAAACUUCGAAAUCAGCUCAACCUUCAAGAGAAGUAUCAAAAGUCCAAGAAAUAGAGCCUGUUAGGGACUCACCAUAUUAUGUCGAACCGAAUAUGGCUGAAGGAUAUGAUGCAGAAUACAAUCAAGUCGAAAGAAUGCUCAUGGACAUGAAGAUGAACUUGCUUGGAAAUAUAACCGAUGACGGCUCAAAUCUAAACGAGAUGUCCACUGAUGAUGACUCAUCAUGGACUAAGCCAAAACUCGAAAAGUCACAAAGAGAAGAAAGAGAGGACUCACCUGAAGAAAGCCAAGAUGAAGACAGAGACGAUUUCUCCUUUGAAGAAACCGUCCUUGCUGUAGAAAAGCCUAAAGAAGCUGAACCAGAAGUUGACCCAGAAAUAGAGAAACAGAUGAAAAGCUGCACUUUCGGAGGCGACAUUGCUGAAGUCAUGAAGCAAGAGGAAAGUAAAUACAUUGGAGAGAAAAUAGACCAUGACUUAGAGACUUAUAAUACUUUUGAUAGGAUUAAGGAAUACCUUGAGGAAGAAAUCGGUGAAGAGAUUUUGACCAAAGCUCAUCCCAUUCUGAAGGAGUUUGGAGAUGAUAUUUUAUACGAGAAGAAUAUCCCUAAAGUUGUUGAAAAGCUUUCAGGCAUUGUCAAGGAGGAUGAGGUUAUUAAAUAUCUUCACUUUUUCGCAACAUUGAUUUUCUUUGAGAACCAGAAAGAGUCGUUAUCCCAAGGAAAGGACAAGAAAGAUGAGCAGGAGAGACCACAAUCAAAGAAGAUUAGCAACCAGAAAACCAAGCCCAGCUUCAAUGUCCAAUCAUUUAAGGACAAACCAGAAGAUGAAGAAGUUGAUAAUAUAUUCAAGAAUUACUCCAACCAGAAUCCAGCAUUUGAUGCUACUGCUAACUUUGGAGCUUAAAAAUGAGAGAAUUAGCAAAAUA